AAGCGGUAACUUCGUUAUAAACUACUGAACCGUCCUUUAAUAAAAGUGGUCGCUGGAUCGUGUCCAGCGCUGCACAACAAAUUUAAGUUAAUACGGAAUGUUAUUGUUUACUUGCUGUAAAGGAGGAUAUGUAUAAAUUAUCAAAAGAGAAAUAGGCAAUACACGGAAGAGAAUUUAUACUAAAAAUGGCAGGGUGUAAAGAAUGGUGUAAAAGUGAAUUUAAAGUAAAGAAUUUACUUCUUCAGCACGAAGAUCCACAAACUUUCAUCCAAUUUCAAUUUGGUUUCCAGAAAGUAUACUUAAUAUGGCGGGUAUUCUGGGCUCUGUACCACGUGGCGUGGAUUAUCGUGUCAGGGGUUAAGGCUGACCUGUGGGCUGGGGAGGACAGUAGUCAGUACGUCAAGUGGUUUAUCUUCCUCACAGACUGGGCUUAUUUUUCACUGACCAUCUCUACAUUAGUGGACGCUGUAGUGACCACAUAUGUGUUUGUCAGGCGGACGGAUAUCAGAGAAGGUACAGAAGUCGAGUUACCAUGGUUUAUGCGAGCUAACUGGUGUCUAUUUAACAUUGGAAAUGUAAUCAGCGUUUCAACAUCACUGGCGUAUUGGGGCCUCGUAUAUGAUGGAUCACAAGAUAUGUCGUCAGUGAAUAUAGCAACCCACAUAAUUAACUCUUUAUACGUAUUCUUAAACAUCAGCGUCACGGGAAUGCCAAAACGUGUCUUACAUUUCUGGUUCUCAGUAAUAUUCGGAAUGGUAUAUGCGUUAUUUACUGUGUUUUAUCAUUUGGCCGGGGGAACCAACCAUAAUGGGAGCCCGUAUGUAUACUCGCCUCUUGAUUGGAGUAAGCCUGGGACGGCAUUUUUAUAUUGUGCAAUAGUCUGUUUUAUUCUUGUUCCAGUAGUUCAUUUAAUCUUAUACGGAAUUCAUCGUUUAAAAUUGUUAAUCUACGAGAAAUGUGAUUGCUGCAGAAUUGAGACAAGGUAUCGAAGAGAUCCCAGCACCGUGGAGAUGAAACCGCAGUACCCGUAUUGAGUCCGAAUGCAUGGGCGUGGUUUAUAGUGGCAGCAACACUUGCCCUUUUUGUUGAUCAUGCUUUACUAAUGUUAACUCUACUUUAAGUAUUUUUACUAUAUUAUUAUUAUUAUUUUGUAAUAAAUUUAUGUUCUCUUUUUUUAAUAAACUUACAAUGAGAUAA